GUCAUCUCUGGGCCCUAUUUGAGAGUUGGACACCGAGACUGAGUACGCUGAUUGCCUCUCGUCUGCUAGCUGGUGCUUUCUGGUGUCAACCUUUAUCAAUUGUUCGGUAGAUGGCUCUUUUCCUUCUGGCCAGUGAGGGGGGCCCACUGGGAAAAGCUUUGCGCUCUAGAUCUAUGAUGCAGGCGUGCGAAAGUGCAUUCACGUCACGAACCCGCUAGCCUCGUGGGAAGGAUUGACUACGUCGACAGCAUUGAGGUCGCAUCACCGGGCUCUGUGCCACCUACCCAAGAACCCACCCCUCCCCAUCUGUGUAUCCAUCUGUCGGUAAUCCGAUUCUUCCCCCUACCUCUGGCUCUGUUAUCCACCCUUCUUCAUAUUGUGUAGUUGAUCCGUCCGUCGCUCCCUCCCUACAGAUAUAGAGGAGGCAGGUCUGUGUGGGUCCACGCAUCCCCCUGGAUUCCUUCCCAUCCGGGACUGACCUUGUUUCUCGUCGCCGUGUUGAGUUGCCAACCAGCCCAGCCGACAGCCUCACAUCGCCGCAUCAUGGGUGGGUCCUGGACCCUCCCAGGGUGGAGCCGGGUGGCCGUUUUAGCGUGGCUCGUGGGCUGGUGCACACCGGGCAGCCAAGCCGCUUUGCCGGAGGUGGGCCGCUGGACUUUGAGCUUCAACGCCAGUCAUGAGUAUAAUGGCGUGGCCAAGAACGUGUAUGCGGGCACGCAGAUCUUGAUACGGGUGCAAUGCGCGGGCACGGACUUGCCCGCUGAAUCUAUUUCCAUCGGAUGGAUCUUACGCGAGACCCAGUGCUGGAACGAGUACGCCUUCCUCGAGUCCCAAAGCGACGUGUACUCCACGUACUACAAUCAGCCCAAUAUCCACUUGAACAUUCCCGGCUUCAACGCCUCGGCCGUCCAAUUCCAGCGCUAUUCUGAGGACAAGCACACCUGCGACGGGGUCAUCGUCUUGACGCCUCAAUUUCCUGCGCCCAAUGGCACCAUCACCGGUCACGGUUCUUUUGGGUACAAAUCUGCGCCCCCGCAAUUCACCGUUCAAUAUGACGGCGACUAUUUGUUGGUCAUUCAUAUGCAAGGGCCACCCAAGGGCUCGUUCAACGCAGUGGUCGACGUGGAGAUGAUAGGUCCUCAUGGGUACUUGUCCGUGGUGGAUUUCCCACUCUUGCCAUUUUAUGGCAUCAUGUGCGGUCUUUACAUUCUGAUGGGUCUGGCUUGGCUCAUCUUGUGCGCGCGGCAUUGGCGCGAUCUCUUGCGCAUCCAGUUUUGGAUCGGGGGCGUCAUUUUCCUGGGUAUGCUGGAGAAGGCCAUGUUUUUGGCCGAAUUCUCCAACAUCAACACUCACGGCCUCGAGACUCGCGGACUCAUUCUGGCCGCCGAAAUCGUGUCAUGUGCCAAACGAUCCUUGGCUAGAAUGCUGGUCAUUAUUGUCAGCCUGGGCUUUGGGAUCGUCAAGCCUCGGUUGGGACCCACCCUACAUCGAGUGGUGGGCAUCGGCGGACUCUACUUCGUGCUUGCCUCCAUUGAGUCCUAUCUACGCAUUAUGAAACCCAAGAACGACGUGUCUGGUACAGCCUUGAUGGCUGGCAUUCCCUUGGCCGUCAUUGAUAGUUCCAUUUGUUGGUGGGUGUUUUCGGCUCUGAUCCAAACCACCCGCACCCUCAGACUUCGACGCAACGUUGUCAAAUUGUCGCUGUACCGCCACUUCACGAACACCCUUGUGUUUGCCGUUAUGGCAAGUGUGAUUUUUAUGCUGUGGAGCAUCAAAUACCACAAACUCGAGGAGUGUCUCCGAGAUUGGCGCGAUUUGUGGGUGGACGAUGCGUUCUGGCAUUUGCUCUUCUCCAUUAUCUUGGUGAUGAUCAUGUUCUUGUGGCGACCAUCGCAAAACAACCAAAGAUACGCCUUCACCCCGCUUCUGGACAGUGAAGAUGACGAGUCGGACGAGGACGACGAGGAUGAUCCGUUUUACAAGGGGAAAGUGACCAUGCGGAGCGUAGGUAAGAGUCCCAAGCUCUCCCCCAAAGAGGACGAGGACCCCAUGAAGUGGAUCGAGGAGAAUAUUCCCGAGUCUGAAAACCCGUUGCCCGUUCUGGAUUCGGAGGAGGAGAUCGAGACCACCAAGUUUGAAUUCAGUAAGAUGCAAUAGUGGCCAAUCAUCCUCUCGGUUAUUGCCAUGACCGCCGUGGUGGCAAAUUCUUGAUGACCUCUUCGAGUGUUAAUGACUGGACGGGGAAUUUUCCAUUCGGCCCUUGCUGCAGAUAGGACAGUAUUUUCUACACGUUUGACCUGCUCCUCCACCUCCCGGUUGAGUUAUUUGUUCCGUUUUUUGUUACCUUGUUUAUGAUUUGUCAUUGAGUGAUUCAAAUGAAACGUCGUUUGCUGUGAAUAUAAUCAAUUAUAGCCUU